AUGGACAAUACCAAGCCGCGUAUCGAGACUCAUCGACAGUCAAUCCGUGUACGAAUCCAAAGUAUCCUCGCAGUUAUCAUAGGUGCAAGUGUAUGCACGCUAGUAUUUGAGAUCGUGACCCUAAAUGGUUCCCUAGAUACAAUUCGACGUCUGGCAUUUUUCCAAAAUAUUCAUCCAUACAAAAAACCAGUCACAGACUUGACCUCGAGGAUUUUUACCGAGAAAGAUGCCGAGCAAGACACUCUAAUCGAGUUGCUAAAUAGUAUGGAAAACAAUGCUUUGAACAAUUUUCAAGACGAUCAAGAAGUGAAGUCUGCGGAUCUGUAUCAUCUCAGUUUAUUACAUGGAGCGUGCGUAAACUAUACGGACGCUAUUGUUUCGUGGAAAUUUGGAGCUCCAGGACCACAUCAGGAUGAGGAGGCGUACCGCAUGGGUACCCUGGUGAAUGAAGACGAUGCAAAUUUGCUCGAGAAACUAAAGCAAUGUCCAGAUAUAGACUUGUUUCUGCCGUCCAAGUUGCGGGGCUAUGGCUACUGCGAGGAUGCCAUGGCAUAUACCAAGUACCUGCACACAAGAGUCUUGCCACUAUGGGCGGUGACGAAAAAGAUGUACGACCCCGAGUCGCAACGCAUUGUGGACUAUUUUGAUCUGUGUCCAAAAACACCAAUGCUUUUCUUCCAACACUAUUGGGAAAAUAUUCCAUCGUCGUCGCGGUGGCCGCGGCAGAAGAAAAUGUAUUUGAUGCCGAAUAUUGAAAUGUGGGAACUCGAGUCAAGCCACUACUGGAGAGUGGAUGUGGUGCUGUGCAAGACGCGUAUUUGUAACGAACGGGUGACCAAGUGGUACGAGCAAAGAGGCAAUCCGAACGACGCCAAGGUCAUUUACACGAAGCACACGUCGUCAGACCAUGCAAGCUAUGCUCGACGCGUUCUUGGAAAUCAGGUGAAAGCGAAGAAUUUCACCGACGUGCAGUUUACUCACACUGCAGGUGGUAGUAUCUGGAAAGGUACGCGGCAGGUGAUUGAGUGCUGGUUGUCUCGACCUCACUUCCCUUCGCUGGAUCUGUACGUUCGAGAUGAUUUGUAUGAAACGAUGUUCAAAGACGCGUACAACAAGCGCAUUGCUAGCAGUCAGAUCCGGCUCAACACUGACAACUUGAACACCAGCACGUUUCACAAGGCAAUCGCUCAGAGCGCCUACUUUUUGUGUCCAAGUCAGUUAGAAGGGUACGGACACUACUUAAACCAGGCGCGCGCAUCCGGCGGCGUUAUUGUCACGACCGAUCUGGAUCCGAUGAAGGAAUUGAUCGAAAGCGACAAGAUGGGGUUGAAAGUGCCAGCACGAUCUAUGCACGACUACGACGCUUUCUUGGGUGGAAUGAGCUCAACAAAACUUGGCCUCCGAGAUGAGCCAGGCAUGAUGGCUAUAUUCACAGCCGACGAAUUGUGUGUGACAGUAGAGCACCUGCUGAACGACUACACGGUGGAUCAGCGAAGAGACAUGGGCAAGAAUGCUCGACUGCAGUAUCACAAGGACACUAAAUUUUUCGAGCUGGCAAUGCUCCGGUUACGCAUUCUUGCGCGACAACAUGCAAGUGCAUACAGCGAUAACGAUAACGGCAUUGAUAUUAUUACAAGCGCACCUCGCAGGCAUAUCCGAGACGGAUCUACGGUCCGUUAG